CCGCGGUAAGAGCCCAUGCGCUGCGAUUAUUAUCCCUGUUUGUUAUCAGUGCGCAGGCGCGGAAUUUUACGGUCAGUGCGCAUGUGCCGACCCCUCGGUCGGUCGCUGCCUCCUGGCAGUGCGCAGGCGCGGAGCGGAGCGGCGGCGGUCACGGUGAUGGGUGAAGAUGGCGGCGGCGGCGGCUCCAGCUCCAGCAGCAGCAGCAGCAGCAGCGGUCCCAGCACCGCACACGGGGGGUGCAGGAGGAGGAGGAGACAGGCCGGGAAAGAUGCAGCUGUCCAAGGUACAAAUGACAGCAGUAUUGUUAGCAAGUGUUCGAUGGUCAAUUUAGGCUACUUCACUGAUGGAUUCCUGAAAGGAUUUGUAAAUAAACCCACCAGAAGAACUCCACUCAUAAAUCGUGGCUACUACGUGAGGGCGAAGGCAGUGGAUUAUAGUCUGCGUUGUUUUUUACGACACACAGAAGGUUACCCCCAGAGGCAAAUCCUCUCACUUGGAGCUGGCUUUGAUUCCUUGUACUUCCGGCUAAAAGCAAGUGGGGAGCUGAAAAAUGUAAUUAUGUACGAGGUGGAUUAUCCAGAUGUCGUUCAACGCAAAGCCAUGCUGAUUAAAAACAAGCAGGAGCUUGUAGAACUCAUAGGCUGCACAGAUGAAAAGGGGCCUGCCCAAAUGGGUUGGCUGUGUGGUGUAGAUUACAAGUUGCUAGGUAUUGAUCUAACUGAAAUAGUGAAGUUAGAUGCCACACUGAUGGAGAUUGGCCUAAACCCUGCUUGUCCAACUUUACUGCUGUCAGAAGUUGUGCUGACCUACAUGAAAAAUGAAAGAUCUUCGGCAGUCAUCCGUUGGGCAGCGGACCGGUUUUCGUCAGCAAUGUUUGUUGUCUAUGAACAGAUACGUCCAAACGAUCCCUUUGGUCAGGUUAUGCACCAACACUUUGUGCAAUUGAACUCCACUCUGCACGCACUUGUUCAAUUUCCAGGGAAGGAAGCUCAGCAGAAACGUUUCUUGCAAGAGGGCUGGGAAGAAUGCUUCUGUAUUGACAUGAAUGAGUUUUAUGUCAGAUAUAUUCCAGAACAUGAAAGGCAAAGGAUUGAAAUGUUGGAACCUUUUGAUGAAUAUGAGGAAUGGCAGCUGAAGUGUUCUCACUAUAUAAUCCUGUGCGCAUCAAAAGGAGACUUGAUAAAAUGUUUGCCAUUCUCUCCCCUUCAAGACUACGGCAUCGACAAAUUAGAUGUUCUUGAUCCAUUGCGACUUUCUGUCUCUCUAUGUGAGACAGAAACACAAAGUCCUCAUCUCAGGAGAUUUGCCCAUCGCUCUGCACUGGUUGCGCUGUAUACAAUUGUUACCAUUGGAGGAUUUGGCAGCAGCAUUGGUCAGCAUGGUCGUUUAAGAGACAUAUCACUGCUGGUUAAAACCGGACCCGUUUGGAAAUCCAGUUCCUUUAAGGAUAAAGAUAAUUUAUUGACUGAGAGAAUGUUUCCCAGUCUGACUGCCCUGAGGGACCAUCGUUGCAUGCUCAUUGGCGGCCGCAUGUCUCCACUGAAGCCAGUCACAAGUGUUGUCUGUUUGAGAUGGAACGCAGGCAACGGUGCCAACUUGUCAUUAAAGGCCAUCGAAUGUAGCGGCACCAUGCCCCCACCACGCUGGCGACACACAGCCACAGAAGUGAUUUACAGAGAUCAGAAGUAUCUGUUCAUUUACGGUGGUCGUUCUCCCAAAGAGAUGGUACUGGGUGACUGGCAUUUCCUCAAUCUGCAAGAUUACAGCUGGACACAUAUUCCAGUGGAUGGUUCCCCUCCAGAAAGUCGUCAUUCCCACUGUGCUUGUGCAUGGAAGGACGGUGUUCUGAUUACUGGAGGACUGGGAUCAGCACAGAUCCCUUUGGGAUCCAUUUGCCAUCUUAGACCAACUUCAUCGGGUUUUGUUUGGGAAAGAAUAGAAAUGAUUUCCUUCAUCAUUCCACGAUACUCGCACACAAUGCACAUUCUUGAUGAUAAACUUAUUUUACUUGGAGGUGUGUCAAUCCACUCUGAAUCAAUCCCUGAAGUGACUUUUAUUGACUUAAAAACAGGACGGAGUUUUGACUACUACAUUGACACGAAUGCUGUGAAGUGGCCACUGAUGCUGCACAAUCACAGCAGUGUACUGCUGGCAGAGGAGAGGCAAGUCGUGCUCAUCGGAGGAGGUGGGAACUGCUUCUCAUUUGGAACGCACCUGAAUCAACAACCAAUUCUGCUUCAGCUACCUGACAUCAGAUGAGGCUACAACAGAAAAGUCCCAAGGUGCGACUGCAGUACAGCUAGUAUCUUCAGUUGUGAAAUGUUACUUCCCCUGGAAGCCUGAAGCCACCAACAGCUGGAUCUGCUGAGUUUGGGGACAGUGACAAAUGAAAUAUAGUGAACAUAAAUCAUCAGUGAUCCUGGCAACAUUACCUGUCAUUGCCAGAUUUAUGUGUAUUUCUUCAUUUUGAACCACCAUUUUUACAUUUUAUCAUGUGGUCUCAAAUUGAAUUUCAAUACAUAUUAUUUUUUUCAUUUGGCACCAUGGGAAUACAACUUGAAUUUGUACUGAAAAUAUUUUUUCAUGAUUUCUAAACUACUAUUUAUGGGGGAGAUUUAUGAUCAGAACUGUCACCCUUAUCCUCCUCACAAAGCACGGUGAAUGGAAUGUCACUCCGUAAUCAUUUAUGUAAUUGGCCCGACAUUUGGUGUAAUUAAUUACAUUUGUAGUGUUUUUUAUACUAACAUUGUACACCCUCAAGUGAUGGCCUUAAAGUUUGCCCACCGGUGCAGUUUCAUUCUGUGAAGAGUUUGAGCCAGUGAAUAUAAGUUGGAAAAAAUCCACCAAUGGACUGUGCUGUUCUCAAGCCAAAUGUUUAUAACUUUUCGAAAUAAAUUCACUCAUGAAUACCA